CUCAUUCUGCGACUCAUCACGCAUCCUCUGCCCAAUCUGAUUCCGAGUCUUCCCAUUCCCAAAUCGCCGCCGCUGCAAAUCAUAAUGACCGCCAACCACACUCCUCCGCCCGUCCCCUCUGCCGCCUCCGCCUCUAUUGACGACGACCUCUUCUCGUAUUUCUGCUCCUUCGAAGACGAGUUCACCCCUGCAUCCAUCCCUGCUAGUCAACCUUCUUCAGCCCCCUCCCCGUCGAUGGACCAGAACGCAAAGAAGCGCCCAAGGGUGGAUGACGAUCUACUGAACCGGUAUGUUGCCUUGAAACGCUCCGCCUCCUCCUCGUCCCCCGCGCACAACGCCAUAGAGGUGGGGGACGUCGGAGUUCAGGAAACGAAUCUGCCGCCGCAGCCUCACCAACGCCGACUUUGGGUGAAGGACCGGAGCCGGGAUUGGUGGGACCAUUACAACAACCCGGAUCUCCCCGAGGAGGAGUUCCGGAGGGCCUUCCGGAUGUCCCGCGCCACCUUUGACUUCCUCUGCGACGAGCUUGGCUCGGCCGUGGCGAAGGAGGACACGGCGCUCCGCGCCGCCAUCCCUGUCCGGCAACGAAUCGCCGUGGGCGUGUGGCGCCUCGCCACCGGCGAGCCCCUCCGGUUGGUCUCCCGACGAUUUGGACUCGGAAUCUCCACCUGUCAUAAGCUCGUCCUGGAGGUAUGCACCGCCAUCAGGGACGUGCUAAUGCCGCGGUCGCUCCUCUGGCCCGCCCCUUCCGAUUUGGCCGCGGCGGCGGCGCGAUUCCAGUCUCUCUCGGGAAUCCCUAACGUGGCUGGCGCAAUGUACACGACCCACAUACCGAUCAUCGCCCCCAAGGUCGGCGUAGCCUCCUACUUCAACCGCUGCCACACGGACCGCAACCAGAAGACCUCCUACACUGUCACCCUCCAGGGAGUCGUCGACCCCGACGGCGUCUUCACCGACGUCUGCAUCGGCUGGCCGGGCUCAAUGACUGACGACCAAGUGCUCCAGAAAUCGGCGCUCUGGCAGCGCGGCAACAACGACCAAUUGAACCACCAGUGGAUCGUCGGCGGGGUCGGGUACCCUCUGAUGGACUGGCUGCUAGUCCCCUACGCGCAGAGGAACCUUACAUGGGCACAGCACGAGUUCAAUGAGAAAAUCGGUGGCGUGCACCGGGUGGCGAAGCAGGCCUUCGCCAGGUUGAAAGGCAGGUGGGGAUGCCUGCAGAAGAGGACCGAAGUGAAGCUAUCGGACCUGCCGGUGUUCCUCGCCGCUUGCUGCGUGCUCCACAACAUAUGCGAGAUGAGGAAGGAAAAGAUGGAUCCAGAGCCAGAGUUCGAGCUGCUGGACAACGAGACGGUGCCCGAGAACGGCCUCCAAUCGGCUAGCGCCAUGCAGACAAGGGAUAGCAUUGCCCACGCCUUGUUGCACCACGGCCUCGCUGGGACAGGCUUCUUGUAGACUCUGCCGGAGUUCAGCUUUUUAUCAAAAACAGAGUACUCUGUUUUGGCGUUUUCUCCACUGACGGAGGAACACUGUUGUGUAAUCAAUAGUUCGUAUGUUGUCUGUAAAAUCUCUUACCAGCGUGGAACUUUGUUAAACAACAGAUUAAGGUGGAGA